AUGGCCUCCCCACCACCCACAGAACCUUCCCCAACCCCACAACCACCCCCUCACAAAUCCCUCCACCCCACCUCCCCCCGCCUCGACAUGCCCUUCGACCGCCGCCUCCUCCUCACCACAACCCUCUCCUUCAUCUCGGGCUUCACCCUCGGCUCCCUCUCCGCGGGCCACCUCGCCUCACUGCGCUUCCGCGCCGAAAACGCGCACCGCCUGCCCAUGUCCAACCCAGGCUGGUACCUGUACCACAAAUCCAAAAACUACUACAAGUGGCGGUACGGCAUCGUCGAAGGGCUCAGAAAAGGCACGUACGUUGCCGCGUGGAGCAUGGUCUUUUUUGUUGUCGAGGAGAGUCUGGAUGUCUUUCGCGGCACGUGGAGGGCGGGCCGCACCGUCUCGGAGAUGGAGGGCGUGGAUGAGCUGGAUUUGAAGAGGAUUGACAAAGGGGUUAGUGGGAGUAGGGAUUUUGUUAGUAGUGCGCUUGCGGGUAUGGUGACGGGGGGCGUGUGGAGCGCCUGGCACCAGUUUCCGGUUUCGACGGCUGCGAGGACGAUUAGGUUGGGGUUGCUGGUUGGGUUGGGGUUUGGGCUGGGCCAGGAUGGCUUGGUGUGGGCAAAGGCGAGGUGGGGUGGGGGUAGGGAGAGUGAGAGUUGGAUUUAUAGGGGUGCGAGAAAUAGGAUGGUUGAGGAGGAGGUUAGGGUGAGUUUGGAGAAGGAUUGA